UGACUUCCAUGCGAGUGUUGGAAAUACAGUGGCUUUCACUGAUCUCAAUCAGUCAUUGGGGGAGUUUAUUACAAACAUUUGUCCUGAAAUGAGCACACAUACAUAGAGUAAUACCAGUUAAGAAGGCAUGUUUUUCUGAACGGGAAGACAUUAUUAAAAUGGUACUGCUCACUGGGAUGGUUGAUGAACAGAAAUGUAAAGAGUCAAAAAGCAUAACAAGUCAUUGCUGGUCACAAAUACUACAUGGUUCUACAAUGGUUUAUAUUAAGAAUGCCAAAAAUGAGUUGUCCAAAUCUGGCUUGCCUUCAGGAACUCGUUUGAAAAAGGAAACGAAAAAAAAAAUUGAAAUGGAACAGAUACCCAAAGAUAGCAAAAAGAAAAUAAAAAGGAAACUGGUAGAAGAUGAAUGUGUCAAUGAUUACAGCAGGAUAAGCACAGAAAUAAUCCUAAGCUCCAGCAAGAAGCCAAAAAAGAAGAAACCUAGGAAAGACAUACCUAUCGUUCAAGAAGAAAGCAAGCCUGUGUGUUACAACAGUGAUGGCCAUAGCUUGGUAGAGUGGAGCUCAAAGUCAGAUGACAACACAGAUACAUGCAUGACAACUAAAAAAAAGAAAAAUUCUACAGAUACAGAGGCAGAUGUAAACACCACCACCUUCCCAACAUAUGAUGUAGUAGAAAGCUCUGUUAAGGUUAAGACUAAAAAGAAGAAAAGGAAAGAUAAGAUUUUAGAAGAAAAUAAGAAUGAUUUCCCUCCCAAGGAAAAAAGGAACCCAUUACAAACAGAAGGUAGUAGUAAAAAGAAAAAGUUAAAAGAAUUGAAAAUAACGGCUGAGAGUCAGCAUAGAAUACCUGAAGCCGGGGAUGGAAACUUGCAAGUAGAUGAAGUGCUAGAAAGAGAGGAAAAGAAGAAGAAGAAAAAGAAGAAGAAAGGAAAACAUUCUGAUAACGUGAAGGAUUGUGAAUUGACAUUUGCCAGUCAAAGUGAUACAGAUGAACACAGAGGUAAAAGCCACUGUUUAAAUGAAACCAAUGAUGCCAGCACAGAUACAAAACUGGAUAAGAAAUUGAUACCAGCCCUUUUAUUUGAGGAUCUGCAUUUUCCUGAUGCUGGGCAGAACAGUUUCAAUGAGAAUAGUACAGGAGAUAUUAAUAGUCCAAAAAAGAAAAAAAAACACAAACACACAAAGGACAAAGCACUUGAAAUAAGUAAACUGAGUAGUUGUGACUCAGCAAGGAAGAGAAAGAUUGAAGGAGACGGUGAUAAGCAGCGAGUAAAGAAAAUGAAGAAUUCUGCUGAUCAAGUCAAGAGUAACAUCAAAGAGUGUGUUUCAUCGACUUCCACUGUGGAGGAAGGUGGUUUGGAUGAAAUUCAUAUUGAUCAAGCACAAAGAUUGGCUUUGCAAGGAGAGAUUGACAGAGAGUCUGGAAGAACUACAAAACCACAAGUAAAAUAUGGUACAGCGUUUGGGCAAUGGGGCAGUGCUACAUUUGACAGCGUUGAGAGGAAAAACAAAUUCUUGAGACUUAUGGGUGGAUUUAAAAAAUCUGAUGCAACUCUUCAGUCCACAAGUCAGCAGGAUGUUGGCCAAGAAAGGCCCAAUAUGGCACUGAAUAAGAAAAAAGAGAAUGAUCUUUGUGAUCAGCUCCAGAUGCAGUUUGAAAAAGCAGUCAAAAUGAAACAACACACUGGCACAGGUCUUGGAUUUCACUCAGCAGAAAACAAAGGAUUUUUUAUAGAUAAAAAUGCCUUCAGAUCUGUAAAAUUUGAUGACUGACUGUGAACUUUUGUGAUUUUAUGGAAUGUUGUAACUGCGCAGUUUGUGUAAGAAUUUUUUGUUUACUACAUUUACUACGGUGUCUGAUAUACAGUUAACUUGUGUAGUUACCCUAAGUUGACAAAUAUUAUUUAUUUCUCAUUUUCUUACAUCAUACUGUUACACUGUGUACCAAGAAGAGUUCCAUACAGUUUUGACCAUUUUCUAAUAAAUUACCAUCUCUCUCUAGCCAUUUGUGAUUUUUCUUUCUCAUCCAGAGUGAAGUUCUUUUUACUUAUUUCUUCUUCAGUUUUCAUUUAGAGAAAAAGAACAUGCCUUAAUUAUUUCUGUGUCUAGUGGUCAUUCUGUGAUGCAGCUAGCCAACUCUCACACACUUGCUGACUUGAAAUUGAUGACAUUGUGAUGAGGAUCCAUAUUUCUUUUGGUCAUCUUUUCUUCCUCACACAGGUAUGGGCUGCAUUCAUGAAGAAACACAAGACUACUUCAGCUUAAUCUCCUGCCAGAAGUUAAUAUAUGCUGAAGAAAUGUUGCCAUGCUUUGGCACUGUUGAUAUAUGUGCACUAUCAAACUAAUGUAAAAACUAUGUAAUGUUUUGUAAUGCACUUCUUGAAUAUUCUUCUCCUGUUUAUGUACUGUUUUCAGUAUCCAGAUCAUGACUGAAAAUGGUCAAUAGACCACCUCACUAACCCAGUAAUCAAAUUGUAAAUAAAAUUAAAUAAAUGUUAACUUUAAAAAUUGUCAUUGUGCAAGAUGUCUUCAAGGCAUAGACUAACUUGUCAUCACUUUGGGUGGUUGUAGUUCAUAUUGGGGGGGGGGGGGGUCUAGCUUAAGCAUGCAUAUCCAAAAUGUAUAACCUGUUAUUGCUGAGUGCACAGCAGUCAUUUAAAUCAAAUUUACUAUAUCUGUAUUUGUUAUGAAAUAAAGUCUUUGUUUUCUUUGCGA